AUGCAAAGUUCUUACUAUAUAUUGAAUAAAUUACUUAAUUUAAAAUAUAUAUCAUCAAAAAAAUACAAAGUAAAACAUUUUUUUUUCAUAAAUUAUCAAAAAAUAUAUUUUUUAACGAAAAAAAUGGAGGAUAUACCUACUGUUAAUAUUACUGAUGUAAGUGAUAAGAAAAAAGAAAAAAAAUUAAAAAAGUUAGCAGAAAAAGAGAAAAAACUGGCUAAGAAAGCCGAAAGAGAAAAUUUAAAAAAUGAAGCAACGAAAAUACUAGAAUAUGUUUGUGAGGAUAUAAAUAAAGAUAAUUAUGGAUACCUUAGUGUAUCAAAUAUCAAAGAAAAAGAUAUUAAAUUAUAUAAUUUAGAGGCAAUAUAUAAUUUGUUGUUAAAUGAAAGUAACAAGGAAAUUAAAAGAGAAGAUAAUAAUAUAACUUCUACUUCAAAUGAAGAUAAAGAAAAAAGAAAUGAAUUAGAAUAUAUUUUACAAAAUAAUAUAUGGAUAAGAGGAAGAAUACAUGAUAUCAGAGGAAAGGGUUCUUUAUCUUUUAUAAUUUUAAGACAUAAGAUUUACUCACUUCAAUGUAUUCUAGAUAUAAAAAAUAAUAACAAUGAUAAGAACAUGAUAAAGUGGGUUAACAAUUUAUCUUUGGAAUCAAUAGUCGAUAUAUAUGGUAAGUUAAUUAAACCGGAUAUACCAAUUGAUAGCACAAGUAUUAAAUAUGAAAUACAUAUAGAUAAAAUUUUCUGUAUAAGUAGAACAGUUAAAGAAUUACCUUUUUUAUUAAAAGAUGCCAAUAUGAAAGAAACGUGUGAAGAAUCAACAAUAAAAGUUAAUCAAGAUAAUAGACUUAAUAACCGAUGUUUUGAUUUGCGUACUUAUGCAAACUUUAGUAUUUUUUUUCUUCAAUCACAAAUAUGUCAAAUAUUUAGAAACUUUUUAGUUCAGAACAAUUUUAUAGAAAUACACACUCCAAAAUUAUUAGGAGAAAGUAGUGAAGGAGGAGCAAAUGCAUUUCAAAUAAAUUAUUUUAAUCAAAAUGGAUACUUGGCUCAAUCUCCUCAACUGUUUAAGCAAAUGUGUAUUAACUCAGGAUUUGAUAGAGUAUUUGAAAUAGGUCCAGUUUUCAGAGCUGAAAAUAGUAAUACUUAUAGACAUUUGUGUGAAUAUAUAUCAUUAGAUGUUGAAAUGACAUAUAAAUAUGAUUAUAUGGAAAAUGUAUAUUUUUAUGAUUCUAUGUUUAAACAUAUAUUUAAAGAACUAACUACUUUAGAAAAAAAUGAUAUGUUUAUUAAAUCCAUAAAGAAUCAAUAUCCUUCUGAGGAUUUUAAAUGGUUAGAUGUAACACCAAUAUUUACAUAUGAAGAAGCAAUAAGGUUAUUAAUAAAACACAACAAAUUAAAUUUAAAAGAAGAAGAAAUUUUAACUUAUGACUUAACCACUGAUAUGGAAAAGGAGUUAGGAAAAAUUAUUAAUGAUUCUCAUAAUACUCAUUAUUAUAUAAUUAUCAAUUUUCCCUCUUCAUUAAGGCCAUUUUAUACUAUGUACGAUGAGAAUAAUCCUCAAAUUUCAAAUUCGUAUGAUUUUUUUAUGAGAGGUGAAGAAGUUUUAUCUGGGUCUCAGAGAAUUAGCGAUGUGAAGUUAUUAUUAAAUAAUGUAAAAUCAUUCAAUCUAGAUCCUCAAAAACUAAAUUUCUAUAUUGAAUCCUUUUCUUAUUCUUCAUAUCCUCACUCUGGAUGUGGUAUAGGUUUAGAAAGAGUUCUCAUGCUUUUUCUAGGAUUAAAUAACAUUAGAAAAACUUCAUUAUUUCCAAGAGAUCCAAAAAGGUUAAUACCAUGA